GCCGGACCCGGGGCGCUCGUAGCGCUGUUUGUCGUACAGGUGGCUCGGUACGCAACCGGCAGCAGCACACGCGCUCGAGUACUACGACGUGGCCGAGGAUGCCGCAUCGCGGCCGCUCUGAGUUGUUGCCGUCGGCGCUGGUCGCGCUAUGGCUCUCCUCAUUUGCCUACAUUGCAUAUGCCGCCAAGAAAGACUGCUUGAUAGACAAGGCGAAAGGAUGGUUUGAUCCCAGCAAUGUGUACCAGUGCGUGAACUCCGAUUGCUGCACCGAAUACGGCAAGCACUCCUGCUGCGCCAAGAAGGCAAAGUCUGAAAUCAUACAAGAGCAGUUGCUACUCUGGGGCGGCUUACUGGGCUUCCUGCUCCUCCUCGCUGUCAUCAUCUACUGCAAGAGGAAGGACGUGCAGAUCUUCGAGGGCCGCUCUCUGCGCUGCAAGUUCUGCCCCGGACAGAGAGACCGAAUUGAGAACAUUCGAUCGAACGUGGCUUGAGCCGGCGGCAGUAAAGAUGCGACGCGAUCUCUCUGCCCCGAGGACGACGCGGGCCCUUCGGCGGCGGGCGCGCCUUCGCACGCGAGGUGCCUGGCGGAUCCUCUGUACAGACGGGAACCCCCUCGUGUCCGCUCCAAAAAAGAAGGAAAGAAAAAAAGGAGCGUUUUGCAAAUCCAGAGCUUAGUUAGAGAUUACGGGUUGUCUCGUUUUGUUUUCUUUCUUCCCAUUUUAGCCGAGUGAGCAGUGAAAAAAGAACUUUACACACUAAAGUAUGUCCCAAUGUUGUAAUCAGGGUUAUCGCCAGACAUAUAGGAAUACAAUUUGUAGGAUGUUGCUGUUCUAUAGUAUAUGACCAUUUUUUUAGCUUAAUCUGAGAUGCCCGUACUCUUUCUUUUUUUUGGAAGGUACGUUCUUUAGAUGGGUGAAAUGUCGUUUAAUCUUGAAUUAUCCUAUUGCAUUGCGGUACUGUAUACUAGGCAGUCAUUGCGGAACGUGUUCUCUAAGGACUACUUAAUAGCAAGACCUGUACCAGGGCCAGUCGAUGCAAAGUCGUUCAGUUAGUCCUGUUAAGGGUUAAGGCAAAACGCUGUCUUAUGUCUUAACGUGACACCAGGUUUUUUUCGUUAAGCGUAUGUGGCGAUGGCAAGUUCAACAGAGCGAAUAGCGCCGGCAAUAAAAAAAAGAAACGAAUACUGACGAAUAGGAGACUGGUUAUGUGUUUACGUGUGUUGUUAUACAUGUAUGUAUUGCUGUCAAAAUAUAAUCAGCGUUGAGUGGUCCACUAGCCCUUCUUGUGCCGUCAUUAGCGCUGUUCGCUAGCGACGACCAGCUAACUAGCCUAACUUCGUACGUACUCUUGUAGGCUGUGGUGUUCAAAGAAAUAGCCUCUUAAUUCCAACAUUUGUAUUUGCAAUGGUGACAACCGCUCCGCACAGAGACACGUGUACCGUUUUUCGUGCGUCACUUCCUGCUUCUAACCUGAAGGAGCCAAUAAUCGCGUAAGAAAUGAGCUGCUUUAACACAACGGUAAUGUAUUAUCAAUAACUUUGAGAGAGAUAAGGCAAUGCGGGCAGUAGCAUGAACACUGUUCUCCGCAUAUCUUCGAAGUCUGCCUGAAAGAGCAGCUUUUAACACACAUUUUAAGGAAAUAACGAGCGAUCUAUAUUACGACGCCGUAAUACAGAUUAUCGCAACUGUAAAUGAUCUUAUGAAAAGGCAAUGAAAUUUAAAAAAAAUUCAUUACAUAAAAAAACGGAAUGAUCAAGUAAGCGCGACUAAUUACUG